UCUGAGUGUGUGUGGGUGUAGGUGUGACUGUGAAAAAGAAACAGGGUGGCAUGUCAACUUCUAGGGGCUGGGUACCUCAGUCUGUGUCAGCACCCUCGGCUUGAGGUGCCUAGACUCUUAGCUGGGAUAAGAGAAAACUAGAUCAAGCCCUGCCUGGGAAUCCCUACCUUUCAUGUUCCAAUGGGGUGUCCUUCGGCCCCCAGACUGGAAAUCCCUAGGGUGGAAACUGGGUCUGAUGUCCCAGUGUGUCCACAGUGCCCAGUGCAGUAGACAGCAGGAGAAUGAAUGAAAAAGUACUGGCGCACUUCCCAGGAGGGGACUCCCUCCCUCUCCCCUGGCAGCCCCUUGUGCCGGGACAUCUCUGCAGAGAGAAGUCCCACCUGACGCUGAUGAGAUCUGCCCUCUUGGAUCUCAGCUCAGAGUGGGCUGCCUUCUCAGCCAGUGGAAAAUAGAAUGAAGGCAGCAUGCUCCCAUGACCCCUAUCAACUCCUUCCAGUGGUCCUGCGCUGCUCCUUGGGAUACACCCCAACCUUGGCAAGUGAGGCUGAGCCGCUAGGCAUGCAGAGUCUACAGCCAGGAUGCUGGAGGGCCCGGUGCCGGAGGAGCCGGAGCGGGAUUGGGGCUCCGAGGCGCCGUGCGCGGGGUCCUGCCACGCACAGCGCAUCCUGCAGACCCUGAAUGCGUAUCGGCGGAGCAGCACCCUCACCGACGUGGUGCUGCGUGCCGGUGGCCGCGACUUCCCAUGCCACCGCGCCGCGCUCAGCGCGGGCAGCACCUACUUCCGCAGCCUGUUCGCGGCUGGGCAGCCAGAGCGUGGCCUGGCCAUGGUGCCCGUGGUACCCGAGGCGCCGGGCCCGGCCGGGACAGCGGUGGCGACGGCGCUGGCCGUGGUGCUCGACUAUCUGUACGGAGCGGGCGUGCGGCUGCGCGCGGAGGACGAGGCGGCUGCGGUGCUGGCGCUGGCCGAGCGGCUGGGCGUGGCGGGCUUGCGCGAGGCCUGCGCGCGUUUCCUCGAGGGUCGCCUGCGCGCCGCUAACAGCCUGGCGCUGCGUCGCGUGGCCGCUGCCUUCUCCCUCGCCUCUCUGGCCGAGCGUUGCGGCCGCGUGCUGCGCCAGGCCUUCGCCGAGGUGGCGCGCCACGCCGACUUCUUGGAGCUGACGCCCGACGAGGUGGCAGCGCUUCUGGCCGACCCAGCGCUCGGCGUGGCGCACGAGGAGGCCGUGUUCGAAGCGGCCAUGCGCUGGGUGCGUCACGACCCCCCAGCCCGCCGCGGACAGCUGCGGCGCUUGCUGGAGCACGUGCGCCUGCCCUUGCUGGCGCCCGCCUAUUUCCUGGAGAAGGUAGAGGCUGACGAGUUGUUGCAGGCCUGCGGCGAGUGCCGCCCGCUGCUGCUAGAGGCCCGUGCCUGCUUCAUCCUGGGCCGCGAGACCGGCACACUGCGGGCCCGGCCACGGAGAUUCAUGGACCUAGCUGAAGUGAUUGUGGUCAUCGGCGGUUGCGAUCGCAAGGGGCUCCUGAAGCUGCCGUUCGCCAAAGCCUAUCAUCCAGACAGCCGGCGCUGGACCCCACUGCCCGGCAUGCCCGGCUUCGCGCGCUCAGAGUUCGCGACCUGCACUCUCCGCAAUGACAUCUACGUCUCUGGAGGCCACAUCAACAGCCGUGAUGUGUGGAUGUUUAGCUCCCAUCUGCACACCUGGAUCAAGGUGGCCUCGCUGCACAAGGGCAGGUGGAGGCACAAGAUGGCGGUCGUGCAGGGGCAGCUGUUCGUGGUGGGUGGCUUCGACGGCCUGCAGCGCCUGUGCAGCGUGGAGCGCUAUGACCCCUUCUCCAACACCUGGGCUGCUGCGGCCCCGCUCCCAGAGGCAGUGAGCUCAGCUGCCGUGGCACCCUGCGCCGGCCGGCUCUACGUGAUGGGAGGCGCCGGGCGGGACGGCGUCAGCACCAACAAGGUGCAGUGCUUUGACCCCAAGGAGGACCGGUGGAGCCUGCGGUCACCAGCGCCCUUCUCGCAGCGGUGUCUCGAGGCUGUCUCCCUGGAGGACACCAUCUAUGUGGUUGGGGGCCUCAUGAGCAAAAUCUUCACCUACAACCCUGGCAUGGAUGUCUGGGGGGAGGCAGCUGUCCUCCCCAGCCCUGUGGAGAGCUGUGGCGUGACUGUGUGUGAUGGGAAAGUCCACAUCCUUGGCGGGCGGGAUGAUCAUGGGGAAAGCACCGACAGGAUCUUCACCUUUGACCCCAGCAGUGGGCAGGUGGAGGCCCAGCCAUCCCUGCAGCGCUGCACCAGCUCCCAUGGCUGCGUCACCAUCGUCCAGAGCCUGGGCAGAAAUAAAACCUCCUUCAAAGGUUGGGUCUGUGUUCCAGCUCAAGCCUCCUUUGCCUGGAGAAGUAAUGCCCAAUAUCUGCUCCCUGCUUUGACUCUUUACAAAGCACCUUCAUAUGUUACCUCAUUUACCUUCAUAAUAGCAGCGUGGACAUUUUAAAAAAUUAUGAAAUAUUUCAUGCAUAAAAAGAAGAAACAUUUUGUACAGUUUAAGAAUUAUAAUAAAAUAUCUGUGUUCCCACGACCUAGCUUAAGAAAUAGAUCACUAGCUUAAGAAAUGCCUUUGUAGGCCCCUCUAUUUCCAAACCCAUCCCUUCCCACAUUCCUCCCAGGAAUUGUCACUAUUCUUAAAUUUCAGAUUAUCGGCACUUAAAAAAAAAACUUUUAGUGAGCUAGUUACUAAUAUCUGUAUUUUACAGAGAAGCAACUGAUUUUAAAAGAUAAGGAGACUCACCCAAGGCCACAUACUUAGUAAGAGGCAGAAUCUAUGACUCAUAGAUUUCAUGAAGCUUUAGAAUCUAUGAGACACUUCUGGUCAGGAUGGUUCUUCCUUUCUAAACCACCCUCUCCAAUUCAAACAACUAGCAAUGAUAGAUAAAAUUAAAAGCCAGACAACUGAGGCAUAGGCUUAUAAGUAAGCAAACAUGUCUGAGGACCAGAAACAGAAUUGUAAAACAUAAGGCAGAAGCUCAAGCUUCUAAAUUCAGAUUCUGGGAUAAAGGCUUUAAAACCAGGAUGACAAACCAGGAUCACUGCUAGAAGCCUGGGCCAAGGUGGGGCUCCCCUUCUCAUGAAAGAAGCUGAAACAAAACAGAACAGUUGUAGAACCCUGAGCAGCCUCGGGGGUCAAGACUCACAGUAAACUGGAGGCCCAGGGUAGUGGGCACCAGAGCCACACGCCUGUAAGACACCAAUGAGCCCAGCUCUGCACCUGGAUGUGCGAGAUCCCCAACAUCAACAUGGGGUACAAGCUCCUGAUGCCAUUAUAAGCACCUGAGUUGGUCUGGGGCUCAAGGGCAGCAACAUAAAACUGCUGGGUCGGGAGGGGUGAACUCAGUAGAAAGAGAGGGAACAAAGGACUGAUGCCACAGAUUCUGUGAAUCAAGGCCCAGUGGUUCAGAUUCUGUGCCUGUAUUUCUGAGGCCCAGGGGAGCUAGCCAGGCCCCAUCUGGGGCUCCCCUUAUUUGCACUCAGAUUGCCUUUUGAAGAGCUGUCAUCUGCUCCUCCAUCUCCUCCAGCACAGGGCCAGCCCUAUGCCCCUCGCCAUCUUCCAAAGCCCCAGGGCCCUGUCUGCAGGAUCUCUCCAGCUGGGGUUGACCCAUCACAGAGCAGCAUAAAGGCCUGGGUCCCAGCUGAGCUCCUACCCUCCGAUUAUCCCGGAUUAGGGAGCCUGUGACCAUCUGGACACAGCUGAUAAUGGCAGAGGGGGAGGGGAGUGGGGUAGAGGCCCAGCCUCAGAGCCUUCCUGCUCCCACCCCAUGCAUAACACCCAGGACAAAGCAAAGGUGCUGUACUGCUUGCUUACCCAGGCGAAAGCCGGAAUGGAAAGGGUAGGGGCAAAUCCAGGGCAAGCUCUCCCCGGAGACAUGGGCAUCUUACCCAGGCUCAGCACUUCUGUGUAGCCAGACAGAUUGCCCAGUUUCCCCCAUGAUGGCCAUUUGUGCCCCAGUGCUUGCUCAUGCAAGUGCCAAUGCCCUUUCCUGCUCUGUCUGCCUGGGCAGACCUGACACCCUCCACCCAAGAGCUGACCACUCCCUCCUUGUACCCCUUAUCAGCCCUUCUUCCAUCACCUGACAUAUGGCCAGGCCUUUGUGUGACAUCUCUGGUCUCUCCGGACACACCCAUAGGAUGCCUCUUGAGGCAGGAAAGUGUCACCUUCAUCUCUGGGUCCUCCAGUACCUGGAACAAACGCUUCCACUGAAUAUCUUAAAUCAAGGUUUCCUGGAUUUCUAUCUCAUAAUACCUGUGAGGUAGGUACUACUGCUCCCCUCCCCCCCUCCGAUUACAAAUGAGUAAACAGACUCAAGAGUUGUGAAGUGACCUGCUAACUAAGGUCACAGGGCUGGUGAGUGGUGGCAGAGCCAGGAUUCCAACUCGGGUCCAGCUAUCUCCAAAGUCUGCUUCCUCCAUGCAGCCUCUGCUAAUCUGAGAAAAUGGUGUGGGGCACAGCAAAGCAGUUGUUUAGAAGUAGGAGAUACAUCAUUUCCACGUGGGAAAUUCCAGCCUGAUAGGAUACUGUCCCUGACCUUCUGGGCUUCCGACUUGAUGAGAGACAUGGUGCUUGCCCCUGGUGAGUGAGGCUCACAGGAACACAAGCAAAAGGUGAGAGCCACGUGUCCUAAUUUCCAGGACUACUGGUUAGACCGAGACCACAUAUAGAGGAUCCCCCUGGCUCCUAGUCCACUGCUCUCUGGCCCCCCAGGCUGCCUGCUGAAUGUGAACUGUUACCAUUCAGUUCGGAGGGAAGCCAGACAAGUCCAUGACCCCUCAGCCACACAUGGGUUUGCCAUCUUCUCCCCGGCUGAGAACAGAGACAACUCUUGGUAUGCAAUCAGAAAGCGAUGAACCCAAAUUUAAUUUUUGAGUUUCUUUUUUGAGUAGAUCUAUUUGUAAAGACUGGUAUUUUAUGACUGUAACUCUUUCUUAGUCGGCUUUCAAAGAACAAGGAGAACUUUACUUCUUACAUAAUAGAAUAAAACUUUCUAUUUUG